AUGGACGACGCCCCGAUGGAGACUGCAGACAACAGACCGCAACAGGAUCAGAUGAAUCGUCUUGAAGAGAUGGCCACGUUUGUCAACAACCGUGUCUUUGAACUUGUAACAACGAAGAUGCACGAUGACGAAAAGGUUGUAACACCGAAAGAUGUAGUGGAUGCAGAUGAUAUGAAGGCCUGUAUGAACGCAAACACGGAGACAGUGAUUGAGGCUGAACUUACGUGUAUCGCUCAUAAAAUCUAUCAAGAAUGCAAACGAUCCAAUGUCGGGCUUGGAAGAAAAGAAGAUGGGUGGAACGGCGGAUAA